AUGGCCCGCAACUACAGAUUCCAGCCCAUGGACAAGGUAGUCAACCUGUCUGUACACAUCUUUCUGGUCGGGCAACAAGUUGGGGUCGAAGCAACGUCGAAAGACCGCGAUGUGGACGAUGCAUCACAAGCCGAAAGCGCUGUGAUGGGGUUAAACCCGUCUGUGGCAAUUGCCAGAAGCCAGAGCGCUGUUACUGGCCAGCAGGAAACCCUUCCAGAAGCGGUCUUAUCGAAUUGCUUCGGCGGAAAAUCGACCUACGACAGAAACAUUUCCGGAACAAUGGCACCGUCACUCCUUCAUCCCGCCAAGAAACCCGAGGCAUUGAACGCUCCUCCAGGAGCUUCGUGCAAGGUCCAUAUCAUCGAUGGCACGGCCAGGGUUACGGCACCCACGGAUCUAUUCAUGACCCCGCCCAUCCAUGGCCACACACAGAUGACAGUACCGGCAGUCAGUUUCUUGGUCGAACAAGUAUCCUCAGGCCGGAAGAUCUUGUUCGACUUGGGCCUGAGGAAAGAUUGGCAGAGCCACCCUCCUGCCGUCCAGUCCCUGAUCAGCGGACCGGGGUGGGCCUUUCACAUCCCCAAGAACGUCAACGAAGUCCUCGAGGAGAACGGGGUCGACGUCAAGGGCGGCGCGAUCGAAGCUGUAGUGUGGAGUCAUUGGCACUUCGACCAUACGGGAGACGUGAGCCAGUUCCCACCUAGUACGGCUUUGAUCACAGGUCCCGGUGUCAGGGAGGCCUUUUUCCCUACCUACCCGGAGAACGAAAAGUCGCCUCUCUUGAGCUCUGAUUUCGCGAACCGGGACCACAUAGAGCUGGACUUUGACGGUCGGUCUCGGUUCAGGAUUGGCGGCCUCAGAGCCAUCGAUCAUUUCGGGGACGGUUCGUUCUACCUUCUCGACGCCCCCGGACACGCCAUCGGGCACACGUGCGGUCUGGCACGAGUCACUUCCACCCGGGAAGGCGACCCCGAGGACACGUUCAUCUUCAUGGGCGGCGAUACGGCUCAUCACGGCGGCGAGUUCCGGCCCACCGAGUACCUGCCUCUACCUGCGGAAAUCUCACCGUCUCCUCACGUGUCCAAGUACGCUUCGGUUUGUCCGGGCCACCUUUUCGAGGCCAUUCACCCCAGGAAAAAGGGGGUCGAUCCUUACUAUGACCUCUCAACACAUGUUGCUCACGAUUUACAAGAAGCCAAACGUUCCGUGGAACGUAUGCAGGUCUUCGAUGCGACGGACAAUGUCCUCGUCAUCAUCGCCCACGACCCGACCGUCCUCGACAAGGCGAGUGGCUUGGAAUGGUUCCCACACGGUACGGUGAAGAAUUGGAAGGCGGCCAAUGCGGCAGAGAAUGUCCGCUGGAUGUUUUUGAGGGAUUUUGUUGCUGCAGUCGAAAAUGUAGCCGCAUAG